AGCCAUGUGUGUAUUGUUUAAACUGCUCAAAUCGAAGUGAGUUUUCAGGGUGACAAACUUCCACCACAGACAGAGCGUGAUGGCGGCUCCCGUGUCUGUUAGCACUGCUGGCAAGGAAGACAGCACAGACACCGGGCUCAGUUUUGCUUUUCGUCCAACUACCGGGAAUUGUGACCUCGCUGUGGAACAGGAUAACUGGAUGACCGGGGACCAGCGGUAUUCCGAAUCCGUACCCGAAGAGGAGGACGGGGCAUCGGGCCGCGAGAGUCAGCGGAGGGUCGAGGAGGACUUGAAAACACUGAGCACCGAAGAGAUUGAGGGUCGCUUGGAGAGAACUCGUCGGGAAUUUUACAACCGAAGGAAGAUUAUAAUAAAAAAUCUACCCGCCGAUAUCACUAAUCAGGAGGUCCAUGAGCUGCUGGGCAACUAUGAUCUGAAGUACUGUUUUGUUGACAAAUACAAGGGAACAGCGUUUGUAACGUUACUCAAUGGAGAGCAGGCCCAGUGUGCCAUUAAGGAGUUCCACCAACACCUUCUUCGGGACAGGGAGAUCUCUGUGCAGCUCCAGCCAACUGAUGCUCUACUGUGCAUUGCCAACUUACCUCAAGCCUUUACCCAGCAGCAGUUUGAGGAAUUGGUGCGACCGUUUGGCAACUUGGAGCGCUGUUUUCUAGUUUACAGUGCCACCACCGGGCACUCCAAGGGCUACGGCUUUGUAGAGUACAUGAAGAAGGACUCGGCUGCCAGGGCCAAGUCCGAACUCUUAGGAAAGCAGCUGGGCUCCCGUAUGCUGUACGUCCACUGGACCGAGGUGGGCGCACUCACGUACCCCCUGCUGCAUUCCAAGUGUCUGUGUGUGGACCGUCUGCCUGCAAGCCUACUCACAGCCCAGGACAUCCGCAGUGCCCUGGCUGAUACCCACGCUCCCGUUUUCUGCCAGUUGGCUCAGGGACAAGACGGAAGUUUCCGGCGUUUUGCUGUGUUAGAGUUCACCACUGCAGAGAUGGCUGAGGAAGCACAGCGUCUCACAGAUGGCAGGCUGCUGGGCGGGACGCACGUCAGGGUGUCCUUCUGUGCCCCGGGCCCUCCUGGAAGAAGUAUGCUGGCAGCUCUGAUUGCUGCACAAACCAUGGCUGUAAACAGAGGGAAAGGUCUCCUUCCUGACCCCACAGCUAUACAGAUCCUGUCGGGUCUCAAUAACCCCGCCACACUCAAGAUGCUGUUCAACCCUCUGCUGCAAGGAAACAAACAAGGCUUACUAGGGGCAGCCCCUGCGAUGCCACUGCUGGCGAACCCAGCUCUUUCAGCUGCCCUGCUUCAGCUGCUCCUUCAGAACCAGGCCAAGGCCCAGCAGGCUGGACUCAUUGGGGAGAAUCCUCUGGCUGCUCUUCCCGUCCAGCAGGGACUCCAUCUGCUGGGAGACCUCUCUCAAGGUGGUGGGGUGCCAGGGCUGGGUCUCCAGACAGAUGCUCGGCCUCAAGUGAGGCAAAUGGCACCGAGCAGAAGCAUGUCAGUGGAGGAUUCCCCUACAUCAACGUGCGGCUUCCCUCAGAGUUCCCCUCCCACACAACCAGGCAUUUCCAUGCCCCUCAUGGGUGGCAUGGUGGGGGCAGAUGGCCUCACAGCACAAGGGGUCCUGAGCGAUCAUUUGAAAGAUGUUGAUCUUCACCAGAGCACCUUUCUCCAUGUUGGCAAUGGUUUUGCUUCUGGUGCGAGCUGCAGACCUCACCCUUACAGGAAGAGGCUGGGUAAUGUUUCUAACCAGCACAUGCAUCACAGCAUGCAGCCAAGCUAUAACUUGCGUUACCAGGAUUCCUACAGCCCUGAAUACUCUUCUUUACAUCAGGAUCCUUUAGCCCACUUAUACGAACAGCAGGAGAACCUUGAUGCUGCAGCCUUGGCAGGAUUCAGCCAGCAGCUCUCUUAUCCACCUGGCUACGAGCGGUUUCCUCACUACACUCAUCCUCCCAGUCCACCCAUGUCUUCCUAUUUCAGUUCAGGACCAGAGGGUUCCAGCAACCGGAGCCUCCCUACUUCCCAUCUGAACAGAGCUGUUGGAGCGCCUCCUGUGAGCCACAAUGACUAUCACCCAGGUCUGGGCAAUCCUGCAAAGACUCCCAUUGGAAGCCACAAGCGCGUGUUCUCCAGGCUCAUCCCUUCCCCAGAACCAAGCCCAGAGGGCGGCUACGUAGGACAGCACUCCCAGGGCCUCGGCGGUCACUAUGCAGACUCCUACCUGAAGCGGAAACGUAUAUUCUGAACAUAGACAUUCGCGCAGGUAUCCCUCCUGAGAGACUCGUCAGACUGAGCUCUGGAGAGUGACCCCUGGAGGGCGCCGAGGAGUUAACCCGAUGAUGUCUGAACCCACAUGUCUUUGCGGCAAAUCUGUGGAUUCUCUUCUUUGCUUUCCCCCAAGCAGUUUGUUAAUUUUAUUUUUAAUGGGUUUAUAAUUUAACAUUUUACCUUUUUUUUAAAAAAAACUUUUCUCUUCAAAAUUUCAGUUAAACUUGUACAGUGAAAACAUGAAGUAAUUUUUUUCCUCCCUUUUAUUCUUUUUCUCCAUCAGUUCCUGUGUUUUGUGUCGUAACAGCAAACCUGGAAAUAUUCUGGCCAGUUUACAACAAUUAUAUAUUUUUUAUUUUACUUUUAGGCGUCUCACCAAAGGGAUACUGUCCACAACUUCAGGCAAAGGGACAUGCAUACUGUCAAAAGCAGCUUUUUUUUUAAAUGACCCUUCUUACUUGAUGUAAAAAAGUUCUGUAUUCUGUUUGCGAUAGUGUUUUGUGUCAUGUUUUUUUGGUUGUUUUUGCCAUCACAAUGUUGUAAAUUCUUUUUUUUUGUGUGCUGUUUUUUACUUUUUUUCAUUCAGGUAUUUGAUAAGUGCUUGCCAUGCAGUGUUCAAACCCUGAGGGGAAGCUGCAUGUUCACCAUUGUGAGGUGAAGCUUUCUGUUUGAUCAUUCUGGGAUGUUCUCUGAAGCCUUAAUAUUAUGCACGUUGUCUUUUGAUCCACACCCUCCAACCUGUUUGACAGAGUCUGUCAUCUGCACGGGGUGUCGGGCGACGCACUUGGAGGCACAGACCACGACUCAUCCGUUUUCCACUGUAAACAAUGACAUCUCCAAUAUCCUCAUUUGUCAAAUCAUCUCUGGUUAUGCGAGUUCUGUGUUUCUGCAGAACAUCUUUGAAUGUCUAAAAAAAUGUAUUACGGGAGAAAAAAAACUGAUGCUGCACCUCAUUAACAAGUCUGAAUUGGUGAGUUUACAGCUGCUGGAAUAAUGGACACAGCCUUUGUUUGAGCUGUUCUAGCAAUGCUGGGAGCCGGUCUGUGUGGGGACACACUAAUGGAAGCUAGUGGCAGGUGAUUGUUCAGUCACGUGAUUGUCAACAUUCUUUUUUUUUUUUUUUUCCAAAUUUUUUUCUAUAUAUGGGUGACAGUUUGAUUGUGAAAACUCAUUACCUCUGACUUCUGCUAAAAAGCGCAGCUACACUUGAGCCUUAACAGUGUUCUCUGUGAUCAUCCUGCCCUGUGUUGGCCUUAAUCAUUUGACUAUUUCUGUUCUUUAUUUUUAUUGCUGUGUAAACAGUUGAAAUGGAUCCUUUUUGGAGUCUAAAGCUUAUGUUUUCUUUAAUCCUACCUGCCUCUGGUCUGGUAUUUUUAAAUGAUGCUUGCUGCUAAUUGUAUUUUAAUUUUUGCCCCCCCCCUGUAUGUUCGAGGCUGAUGUGUUGAAGAGUGGCAUCACAGCAGACUGUUCAUGUUGUGUAUGGACCAAGAGAUGCAACUGUCUUGUUUGCUCAUAAUUCAGUUUGACUGAUUGAAUUUUGACUGCUUUGCUCUCAUCUGUACCGCCAUGAUUGUCUCUGUGUGUGUGACGUGUGCAAGUAAAUGUUAUUUAAACAUUCA